AGCGCAGGAAGUGGCGCGCAACUGUUGAAAAAAAAAAAACGGUCUCACAACAAACUCAAGACGAGAUUUGGAUGCUAUUCUACUUUGUCAACCUCUGGGCUGUUGCGACAAACUUAUAGACAACCUGAGCUUUUAUUAUAUAACUAAAAGUGGCUUCGUGACGUGUAACAUGUCGUUUGCGAGAGUUGGGCGUCCACAACAACACACUAAAGGUAAACGGCCUGUUCGACCCAAGAAAGCAGCACCUCUCAAAAAAGAUUGGGUGAGCACCGUCAAUGACCUGUCUGUGCACAAGCUGUCACCUGCAGAGCUGAGCCAUCGGCAUGAGAUUCAUAAGUCCCACAACAAGGCGGCGGCUCAGUGGGAGCUGAGAGAAAAAGUCCUACAACGCCGCUUCAGACACACUGGGAGCCCUGCCCCUCUAGACCACGCCAGCCUCAACAUCAUCAGGGAGGUGUUCUCUGACCAGCUGCUGCUUCAGGAUGUGCUUGCUCGCUCUGACCGAGCCAUGGCUGUUGUCAAAGACUUGUUUGGAGAUGCUCCACGCAGGCAGGCUGGACACCCCAGUGUGACGAUGGCUCCAAACUGUGACUCUGACUCAGGGCUGCCUGUGCUCCGAAGACCAGAUCCUCCAACUCAGCUGUCAUUGCUCAGCCAGUCGAUGAUGGACCCACAGGCUCUUAAUGAAUUUGAAGAUUUAGAGGAAGACCCCAGUGAUGAAGAUCCCUGUCAUACUGGCUGUUCAGAUCAUCACGUAAUCCAUAGGGCCAAUGUACAAAAAAUGAAGGCACAGUCUCGGAGCAUACAGCGACAGAAAGUCCGUCGUCCCAACUUCGAACAGGCAGACAGGGAUAAUGAUCCUGUAACGCCCUGCACAUCAGGCAGAGCAUCAGCUCAAACAGCUCUCAAUGCCACAAUGACGGUUCAGCGUGUUCAAUCCAGACAAAGCCAGUCAGAAGAAGGCAUGGAGGAACCGUCAGUCCUGGUUUCUCAGGUCCUGAACCCUGAGAUGCCUCUCAACCAGUCAGGCAGAAUCAGUAGUCGAACCAGCAGGAACAGGAAGUGUGUCUCUCAGAGAUCAGCGCUGGAUGGCUCAUCUGUUGCUUCCCUUAGUGGGGACCAGUCCAGUCUGGGCAUGUUGCAGACCAUGCUGGGUCAGGUGGAGGCCGACUUAGAUACUCUGAUUCCUGCCACUGUACCAGCUUCAGCACAGAGUCAGAAGAAGGACAAAACUCAAGGCCUCACUGGAUUCUCUGUCGCCUUGGUCUCCACUCUGGGACGUUUGGUGCACCUCCUCAAACAGAGGGAAGAGGAAGCUCAGGAAGAGGCUCGAGACAGGAGAAUACUGGAGGAGGUGUUGAGAGAGCAACGCAGGCUGAUUGAUGCGCUCACUGCUGAGACGAUGACUCUGAGAGAAGAGGCCGCCGCCCUGCAGGAUGGGUUGCAGCAGCGGACAGCAGAGGUGGAGCAGAAGUUGGACUCAGUGGUGUUGUUGAUGGCGGGACUUGGACUGCUGGAGGCACACCUUGACCCACCCCAGGACUCUGACGCCAAAGCCGCAGCAGUUUGUCAGUCAGCACAAGUUGCUGAACAACGACAAGUCUCUGUCUCUCCUGCUGUCUUGCUCUCCCCCCCUCGACAGAGAGACAACUGGCAACACACUCCUGUAACUCAUCCUCUACCGCUGCACCAGGAACUUCCUCCUGAAGAAAUCCUGGGUUCCCGUGAGGACGUCCACUCCCACAGCUCAGCCUCUAGCCUCACCAGCCUUCCUCUCACCAGCCUCCCCUCUUCUUCCUCAUUAUCACUGACCUGUGACCCUCUCAGCUCACAGCUCUCUCCAGAGGUCAUGCUGGCAGAGAUCGCUCAGCUGAGCAGACAGAACGACCUGAUCAGGGCCCAGCUGAGCCAGGCUAAGCGCCUUGGGUCAGAGGUCGGAGAAUCAUCUGACAGUAGCAACAAGCAGAGAAGGUUGAGCUCCAGCAGCACAGGGAGAGUCACACCCCAAAUUGUUGUAGAGAGGAGGAUGUCAGCAUCCAGCAGCACAGGGAGAGUCACACCCCAAAUUGUUGGAGAGAGGAGGAUGUCAGCAUCCAGCAGCACAGUGACAGUCACACCCCAAAUUGUUGGAGAGAGGAGGAUGUCAGCAUCCAGCAGCACAGGGAGAAGGAGUCGGCAUGUCCAGACUGCUGAAGGAGAGCAGUUGACGAAUCAGGCAACAUCACCCAACACCCUCCACAUGAGCAGUGUGGAACAGCGCCUUCUGGAGCUGAACAGACAAAGUGCAGCGGCGAGGGGUCGCCUGCUGGAGCUUAUUGAGGAACAGAAACAAAAUGUUAUAGCCAAAGUUUCUCCCUCUAAUUCCCCCAUCCCUCCCUCGGCCUUCAGCCCUCAUUCACCAGCUGCAGGAGGAAGUCCUGAGGUGUCACUGCUGCUGCCUGAACAGGAGCUCCUGUUACAGACUGGUGGUGGUGAGAGACGAUCUGCUGGUUCUGAAAUGAGGGAUAGCAAAACACAGAUGGAGAAACAGAGAGAGAGAGAGGGGUGGUUUGCCUUGUCCGCUCAUGUGAGAUGACAAAAGGAGCAAUUAUUCAACCCAAGUUGCUAGUAUUUUUUUUAUACAUAUAUUUUAAAUGACUGAAUUAAACGUGUUUUAAAAUAAA